UAAAGUAUUAAUAUUAAUAUAUGUUGCAAUAAUAACGUAAAAUUGAUGAAAAGUAGUUCAUAUAUUAACGAACGGAUGCAAUCGCAUCAACAAGAAACGUCAAAUUGUGUAAUUUAAUAUAACCUCGAAUUUUGUAUAAUGAUAGUAACGAAAACUAAUUAUUAAAAAAUAAUGGAUAAAAUUUUAACAAAUGCAUUACAUAUUAGCCGACAAUUAGCACGUAUAUCUCCGGCAACGUAUCAGUAUUCAAAAUUUUUUAAAUGUUGUGCAGUACGUAUGUAUUCAAAUUAUAAUAAUCAUAUAUUAAAACCAUAUUUGCUUUCUUCUACAAAAUCAUUUAAUUUUAUACAAAAAUGUACAAUGUUCAUACAAACACAAGACACACCAAAUCCCAAUAGUUUAAAAUUUUUACCUGGAGUUAAAGUGUUAGAGCAAGGUCAAACUAAAGAUUUUCCCAGUGCUAUGGAUGGAUAUUGUUCACCACUUGCAAAAAUGUUAUUCCGUAUUGAUGGUGUAAAGUCUGUAUUUUUUGGUCCUGACUUUAUUACGGUAACAAAAGUUGAUGAAGAUGUUGAGUGGAAAUUAUUAAAGCCAGAAAUAUUUGCUGUCAUAAUGGAUUUUUUUGCUUCUGGUUUACCUAUAUUAACUGAUGAACAGCCUGCAACAGACACUCAAAUUAAUGAUGAUGACAGUGAAAUAGUACAAAUGAUAAAAGAAUUGUUAGAUACUCGAAUACGACCAACAGUACAAGAAGAUGGUGGUGAUAUUGUAUUUAUGGGCUUUGAAGAUGGCAUCGUAAAAUUAAAAAUGCAAGGUUCUUGUACAAGUUGUCCAAGUUCUGUAAUUACUUUAAAGAACGGAGUUCAAAAUAUGAUGCAAUUCUACAUUCCAGAAGUUCUUGGAGUAAUACAAGUAGAGGAUGAAACUGAUAAAAUUGCAAAAACAGAAUUUGAAAAGUUUGAACAGAAGAUUAAAAAUUCUGAAACUAAUGAAACAUAGAUUUAAUUAUUGUUUAGUAAUAUGUAAAAGCACUAUUGUUUAGUAAUAUGUAAAGGCACUAUGUAAAGAUAAAUGAAUUAAACGUUUGUUUCGUGUC